GGGAGAGAGAGAGGGCAAGAGAGAGUGAGAGAGACAGACAGAGACAAGAGACACAAAGCAAAGGAAAAACACACGCCAAAAGAGAUGCCACAGUGGGACGCAGCAGAGCCACCAUUCAGCCAAAGUCCAAAGUCUCCAGAUAUCAAACAUCUGACAUCAAAAGGUGGGCAUAGGGAUACACGCGACAACAUCAAGGGUGAGGGUGGAUUGCGACUUCUUUAGCAAAGGGAAGUUUUGUGAAGAAUAGAGACGGACAUAGUGCAGGAGGGGAAAGAAGCAGCGUAUUUGUCGGAAACACACAACUCAAAAGGAUCUUGGAUAUUGCAUCUUUCAGUAUCUGGACUACUGACAGAGAAUUUAACUCCAUUUCACCUUUGGCACCACAAGCAGUGCACAGGAGAAUAACAAAAAACGACUUUUAGAGGAGUACAACAUUCAAAAACAAAGUUUUAGAGGAGUUCAAAAUUCGUUCUCUUUCCACUGUGACCUAACCUCCUCAGCAGUGAGCACCUAAAACCUAAAAGCUGACAGGUUUAAUCUCAGCAAGGCGGGUUGUUUGUUUGUUGGGAAGCGACAUGGAAGUGGCCAGUGGAUUUGGCCGAUUGCGAUCAAGGGAGCUGUCAGUCAGCGGCAUGUCGGCUGCCCUGCUGAGCGCUUCCCUAGUGCUGCUGUCGGUGGUGGUGGGCCCUCUGUCCUCCGGGGCCAGCGGAAGCCCCAUCACGGCCCCCGAGACCCACCGGCUGGCCCCGGGGCUGGACGACGGGCGCGGGGGCAUGGUGGACCCCUCUCUCCUGGAGCAGAACAGCGAGGUGGACAUGCAGAAGCUGCUGGAGACUCUGAAGGGCCAGUUCCUGCGCACGUUCAACCUCUCAGGCCUGGGCCCUCGACACUCAGCAGGCCACCAGCAGCAAGCGGGAGCGGAGCGCACAGAGCCCCCCGAGUACAUGAUGGAGCUCUACAACCGCUUCGCAAACGACCGCACGGCUAUGCCCACGGCCAACAUCAUACGCAGCUUCAAAGACGAAGACUCCUCCCCGUGCAGCGUGGGAGCCCGAGGCGUGAGAAUCCACCCGCUGCUCUUCAACGUCUCCCUCCCCCACCACGAGAGAGUGACCGCGGCCGAGCUCCGACUCUACACCCUCGUCCAGACUGACCGCCACCUCUACGCCGGGGUCGACCGCAAGGUCACCGUGUACGAGGUGGAGCAGCGUUACCCCAGCAACAGCAGUGGUGGGGAUGCUGCGGCUGAUGCUGGUGCUGAUGCUGGUGUUGAUGGUGUUGGCGUAACCAGGGGCGACGCCCUGGAUGCGGAACCUGACGCCGGCUCGGAGGAGGAGAGGACCGUGCUGGUGGAGCUGGCUUCGCGGCAGGUGUACGGCAUGGACAACGGCUGGGAGUCCUUUGACAUGACGGCGGCCGUGCACCGCUGGCGCAAAUUCAGCCACAGCACCACCCACAGGCUGGAGGUGCACAUUGCGAGCCUGGAUGCAGGCGUGGACAACAACAGCAAUGGAGAAAAAGUGGAGGUGGAGGAGGAGGAGGAGGGGACUGCUGAAAUCGGCGCAGACGGCGAUCACAAUAGCAAAGAUGGCGACCGACGCGUCACCAGCAGCGACGGGACCAUGGACAUCGAGACGGGCCAGGAGGAGCGCCACCGGCCGCUCAUGAUCAUCUUCUCCGACGACACGAGCGGCGACCACCACCGAGCGGCAGAGCGGCGCGAGCUGAACGAGAUGCUGGGUCACGAGGCGGUGGGCGCCGCCGGUCUCCAAGACAACCUGAACGGCCUGCUGGACGAGCUCGACCAAAUGGGCCUCGACGACGGCGACGACGGCGUCGACAGCGAGACGGACGAGGAGACGCUCAUGCAGAUGCACUCCAACCUCAUCUUCGACUCGUCCUCGCGCAUCCGGCGCAACGCCAAGGGCAACCACUGCAAGAAGAACUCGCUGUACGUGGAGUUCAAGGACAUCGGCUGGGACAGCUGGAUCCUGGCGCCCACGGGCUACGAGGCGUUCGAGUGCACGGGCGUCUGCUCCUUCCCGCUCACCCCGCAUGUCAAGCCCACCAAGCACGCCAUGGUGCAGACGCUGGUGAACAUGAAGAGCCCGCAGAAGGUGGCGCCCGCCUGCUGCGUGCCCACCAAGCUGGACCCCAUCUCGCUCCUGUACCUGGACGACGCCGGGGUGGUCACCUACAAGUACAAGUUUGAGGGCAUGGUGGUGGCGGAGUGUGGAUGUCGAUAGUUGAGGGCAAAGGAAAAGUGGGACUUUGUAAGUCUUAGGAAUAGCUGUAACUGAAAAAAAAAAACAACGUAGAUGAGCAUGUACAUAACCAAAGUCACUUAGAGGAGCCAACAACAAAGCAUGAUAUAUGCGGAUUGAAGACAGAGUAGAAUGGACACCUAAGUUAAAGACAAUAUUCAGUAUUUAUAUUUUGUGUACAGUUUGAUGAGACGAUGCACAAGCGGUACUUGUGCAAUGUGUAUAUUUGGAUUUUCAAGACAGAGAUUAUUUUAUUAUGCCAUGUACAGAAAAUGUUUUUUGUUUCCUUAUUAUUUACUGAUUAAUGUGAAUGGAGCAGCAAACAAUGGUGGAACAGAGGCCUACUUUGUUCUCAGAUGACAGACUUUCUGACCUUCUGGUAAGUUUUACGGCUAGCCAGAGGUCAACAUGAGGAAUUUAGCUCCGAAACCACAUGUAACCAUAAGUCAAGCCGACUGGAGCAGGUGAAACUAAAGGUGAAAUAAAAAAGACAAACAAACUAAGAGAAAGCCCAUCAAGUCCCCGCUGUGAAUUUGGAGACCAUGUCUGGUGGUCUGCAAUGUAACAUUGUGUUCCAUGCUGUUAAUGUCAGAGGCAGGGUUUGGAGAGUGUCUUGUGUGUGUCUCCUGAAGUGGGUGUCUCGUUGGAAUGACAGCACACCAUGGGGGUGGGGGUCAAUCAUUUAACCUCUGGAGGGACAAGGCAUGUGGAGGAGAGAACUUCAGCAGGCGUGUGGUGGAUACAGACUGACUGCUUUCCUUGAGAUCCUUCACAUGGAUUAAAUGCAGACGUGGAGGGGCAAAGAAAGAGAGGGAAGGGCAAGCCAUAGUGAAACAUUGUGCAGGUGUUUGAAUUCACAGUCGAGAGUGAGUUUCGGAUGAAGUACUAUGGACCCGUUGAUGUCUCUCUAAUAGUUUGUUUUAACAAAGACUGUUUCUGGAGAGAACUUGCUUUUCUACAGUUCAACGAGAACUAUUAUGGCAUUCCUCAGGAUACACACUGAGGGUGGCUGGAGGCCAAAACGCAUCUUUGUAACCUGGAUAUGGUGUAUUCAACUUAAUAGCAAGAGAGUGCAGCCUUUUCUACUCUCUCUCUCUGAUGACAUUUAUUGGACGUGCACUCAAAGACAGCAACCACUAUCCCUGAUGGCGCCUAUGAUGGAAACUGGCAUUGCUCAACCGCCAUCAUUCACAGCAAUGCACUGUCACAAUCAACGAACCAAGGGGCACAAUGACUCUGCUCAGAGCAACCACACCAGUCACUCCUGGCUCAUUCAAGGACUGCCAUGCGUCCCUCGCCCCA